GGAGAUUGUAAAUUACCACACAAACCCAAUGCCGAUUUAUGAAUAGUUGUCCUUUGGCAGUGUUCAUUGAAUGGUUGUGAGAUUUCGUGUUCCAGUUCUAAAAUCUGAAACUUACUGAGGGAUUGUCUGCAAGAUAAAUAUAUUUCUAACACAGAAUCAAGACAUUACUAAUAAUGAGUGACACCAAAGUUAACGGUUCCACCCAUGAAGGUGAAAGCGAAGCCCCACAAGCACCACCCCCCGCAGAGUUGCCACCCCCCUCGCCAGAGGAAAUAAUCACCCCUGAUGUGGUCGAUAAUAUCAUCAAGGGUUACAACACGGAUUGUGAAUUAGUCGACUUUUCUGCCAAACUGGGGACAAAAGUUGGCGAUAACUACAUGUCAAUCAUGUAUGCGGUUGAGAUCAACUUGAAGAACAGGAAAACGGGAGAAGCCGAUACGUUGAAUGUAAUGGUCAAAACGAUGCCAAAAAAUCCAAUGCGACAGCAAAUGAUCAAUGAGAGUGGAGCAUUCAUCAAAGAAUCCAAAAUAUACGAGGACGUGAUCCCAAGGAUGGUUGCCUUCCAGAAGGAGAAGGGGUUGAAGGAUGACGAACUUUUUCUGGGAUGGCCACAAUGUUUCACCACGUUCAACGAUGGGACGAGUGACUACUUGGGCAUGGAGGAUAUGAGAGUCCAAGGGUAUAAAAUGGCAAAUCGUUUGGCUGGCUUGGACGUGGAACAUGUGCAGCUCGUUUUGAAGAAUGUUGCUCGCUACCACGCCCUCUCCUUUGCCAUAUUUCGUGGGGACUACGACCUAAUGAUGGAAACUUAUCCAUGGCUCGAAGAGAAAAUGUUUCCGUCAGAGGAUAAAGUUCAAGAACCCAUGAAAAUGUGGAUGAAAUCAAUGUUCAGCAAUGAGGCAGACGUCGUUCGGAAGGAGGGGCUUAUCAAGGAAGCUGAUUUGAUGGAGAAGAUGAUCGAAGGUUCAAUUUAUGGCAUGUUGCACAGUAUGCUUGGAAUAAAGACGAAAAAUCCCGUCAUUAAUCAUGGAGACUGCUGGACAAACAAUAUGCUCUUCUUGUAUGACGAUGAUAACAAGCCCAGACAUCUCAAGUUUGUGGAUUUCCAGAUGGCACGAUGCAGCCCGAGAAGUAUUGACUUGGGCUACUUUCUCCAUUCGAGUCUACCAAUUGCCACGCUUAACGAGAAGGAGGAAUAUUUCCUUAAAUUGUAUCACGAUGAGUUCAUCCGGUUUGUGAUAAGGUUGGGAGUAGAACCCUUAGAAUACGGGUUGACUUGGGAGGAAUUUAUGGACGAGUAUAAAAACUGCAAGUUUUUCGGGGUGGUAAUGGGCUUUAUGUUGGCUCCCAUUCUGUCGGCGGAUGCGGCUGAUGUUCCUGAUAUGGAAAAUCUGAAAGAAGAAGACUUUGGCGAGGAUGGGGCUAAAGAUUUUAUGAAUCAACUCAUGGGCAAAAAAUCGGACUCGACAAAGAAGAUAUGCAAUCUUGCUAUUCAUCAUUUACCUCGAUGUCCACAAAUGAUGAAUAAGUAAAAGAGUCGCUCUCGAAAUUUUACAGGUUAAUCGCAAUAAAGGCGUAAUUCUAUUGACAUAUGAAGCAUGCAUGCACCAGUAAAUAUGUAACUGUAUCCCUUUCUCAUAUAUAUUUGAAUAAUCAAACUUUUAAAAUUUAUAAUAAACAUUGUGGCAUAAUUUUAGAUUAUUUUAUAGUAUAGUAAAAAUCACUAUCUUAAAAAUACGAACAUUUAAUAUUUUAAAAUAAACUUAAAGAGACCUUUAUAUGUAGAUCUUUAGCACUUUCCUUAUUAAAAAACUGUCUCAAAAAUAAAUAAAUAAUGCUUUUA